UUUUAAAGUUUUUGAUGAAGAUGUAGAGUUAAGGUUCCAUGUAGAUGUAGAUGCUAGUGCAUUUGACUCAUUGUUGUAGGUGCAGUUUAAUUUGAAUAAAUAUUAUUGGUGAGAUUUGCAGUUGAAGAUUCAACUCUUCCUUUCCACUCUUAUCUUAUUUAUAGAAAUUCAACUAAACUUGUGAUGUUCAUUGCAUCAAUGCAAAACAAGGAUAUAAAUAGGCCAAAAUCCAUUAACUCUUUGUAUAAUUGGUCCCAUCCGGCCAACCCUUAAAUCAUCAAUCAAAUUGUUGAUUUUGUUUCUAAGCACAUGGUUAGAAGCAAGUCCUUGUCACUAUUUUGAAAGAGACAUGCCAUGUGGAAGAAAGUUCUUUUAUUUUAGACCUUGAUAACAAAAGUCAUCAUAUUUCAGUUGAGUAUAGUACAAAACAAUAAAAAAAAACUCAACGAUAUAUUUAAAAUAAUAGUAAAACUCUUAAUCAAUAAGCUAUUGUCGGAAGCUUAUAGCCAAGUGCUUAUUUAAAAAUUAAUAUGAAAGUUACAUUUACAUUAUAAUAAGUUGAAAGCAAAUCAAAUGGUUAAUGGUUAAUGAACUUCAAUUGUUAAGUGUUUAUUUAUGUUAUGAAAUAAGCCUACAUAAACUCUAAAUAAAUUCUUCCAAACACUCUAAACAAGUUACUCCAAAUGACCAAUAUGUUGAACAUUCAAACCAAUAAACUUUUCUAAUGCUUACCAUACCCCACCUUGGACUUCAUGUUCAGUGCUGCCAAUUGACUAUCUAAAUCAAGAGACAUUAUUUGCUUACAUUAGAUGUGAAUUUGUUGUUGGUUUGGUUCAGGAGUAAUGUUGUAAUUUGGAUAAGAGUAUUUAAAUAUAAGUCGUAUAAUGUAAAAUCUACGCUUUGAUACCAAUCGUUAGAACAAUAACUCUGGUCCAAAAGAACAAAGAAACAAAAAAAAAAACGUAAACAAUAAACACACGAUGAUUAAUAAUUAAGUUCGACAAGUGUGCCUAUGUCUCUGAUAGCAUAGCAGUAGCUGCAGUUCUUUGUUUAUCAAUAUUCUAGCUUAAACUCAAACUCUCAAACUAUCUUUGUCUUCUAAGCUUCUAUCUGUGUAAGCUUAAAGAAAAAAUUUAAUGGCAGUUGGAUUAGCUAUAACAUGUCAAAGUGGACAAAAGAACAAUGGCAGGAUAACCCUUUAUGUUGUUCUCUCUUGUAUGAUGGCUGCCAUGGGAGGUGUCAUAUUUGGCUAUGACAUUGGUAUAACAGGUGGAGUGACAUCAAUGGAACCAUUUCUGAAUAAGUUCUUCCACAACAUAUACCUUAAGAUGAAAGAAGACGUCACAGUUAGCAACUAUUGCUUGUUUGACAGUCAAUUAUUGACCUCUUUUACAUCCUCUCUUUAUGUUGCUGGUUUUUUUACUUCCUUUUUAGCUUCUUAUGUCACCAGUGUCUUCGGUCGCAAGCCGUCCAUCAUUGCAGGCGGCACUGCGUUCCUCGCCGGUACAGCCCUUGGAGGUGCAGCUUUUAACGUGUACAUGCUCAUAGUCGGUCGGCUUAUGCUCGGAGUUGGGGUUGGUUUUGCAAACCAGGUAGCAGUUCCUCUAUAUCUCUCUGAAAUGGCACUACCAAGAUUUAGAGGGGCAAUAAACAAUGGCUUCCAAUUAAGCAUCGGCAUCGGCGCUUUAUCUGCUAAUCUAAUCAAUUAUGGAACAGAGAAGAUUAAAGGUAGUUAUGGUUGGCGCGUUUCGCUAGCCAUGGCUGCAGUUCCAGCCUCUUUCCUAACAUUAGGUGCACUUUUCCUUCCAGAAACACCAAAUAGCCUAAUCCAAACAAGCCAAGAUCAUCAAAAGGCAAAGCGAAUACUUCAACGAAUUCGAGGCGUAGAAGACGUGCAAUCCGAACUCGAUGAUCUCACUAAAGCAAAUUCUUCUACUUCAACAAAAACAAGUCCACAACAGCCAUUUAAGCUUAUAUUGAAAAGAAGAUAUAGGCCUCAACUUGUAACGGCAAUAGCAAUACCAUUUUUCCAACAAGUGACAGGGAUCAAUGUCAUUGCUUUCUAUGCUCCUUUACUUUUUAGAACAAUUGGGUUAGGAGAAAGUGCAUCAUUGUUAUCAUCUGUUAUGACAGGUAUAACAGGUACAUGUUCAACUUUCAUAUCAAUGCUCGUGGUAGAUAAACUUGGAAGGAGAACUUUGUUUAUAGUUGGAGGAAUUCAAAUGUUUGUAUCACAGUGUAUAGUUGGAGGCAUAAUGGCAUUUCAUCUCAAAGAUCAUGGUGGAUUAACCAAAGGGUAUGCUUAUAUGGUUUUGGUAAUGAUAUGUAUCUAUGUUGCUGGUUUUGGAUGGUCAUGGGGCCCACUAGGUUGGUUAGUACCAAGUGAGAUUUUUCCUUUGGAAAUUAGAUCAGUUGGACAAAGUAUAACAGUAGCAGUGAGUUUUGUUUUUACUUUUGUUGUUGCUCAGAGUUUUUUGUCCAUGCUUUGUCACUUUAAGUCUGGGAUUUUCUUCUUCUUUGGAGGUUGGGUGGUGGUGAUGACGGUGUUUGUGUACUUUUUUCUACCGGAGACGAAAAAUGUGCCGCUUGAACAGAUGGAGAAAGUGUGGCAGGAACAUUGGUUUUGGAAGAGAAUAGUUUGUGAAAAAUAAGUGAGUGAGGUAAAGGGGAAGUUUGAUGCUUUGUGGAAGAUACAAUUCUGGUGCUACAUGGAUGAUAUAGCACAAACACUGAAACUAGAUCCUCUAAAAUAAUUCAUUUUAAAGGUUAGAGUAAAAAAUUUGAUAUUGCACGCACGUGCAUAAUAAUAAAUCAUAAUCGCGUCAAAAUAUCAAUCAUCAAUAAUUGAAGUUCCUUACACUACAAGAAUAAUAAAGUUUUCCUACACCAUUAUACCGGAGAGAGAGAUGUUAGCGCAAAUAGUUAAACUAGUAAGUUGAUUAAUUGUUCCUUCAAAAAAAAAAAAGUUUGAUUAAUUGCACUUCAUACACUUGACAAUAUUGAAA